ACGAGGCUGGCCAUCAGCGGCAAGAUCCACAAUGGCCGCGUUGUCUACCGCCCUGCGCUCCGUAGAUGGUAUGAUGUCCAUCAGCAGAGAGAGCCUUUUGGGUUAGGCGUUGUCGGCAUCUGCGUUCUUCUCCCACUGUCGCCCUUCUUGUUCCUUGUUCGUUCUUUUCUUUGGAGGUUACCCGCUCAGGUCAACUGACAUUGAUUUUUCCUUGCAGCAGCACAGUGCUGCUUAGCAUCGUUGUAACUGCUCGGCACUAAGAACCUGCUUCUUCUCGUCCUCGUUUUUCCAGCUUCCUUUCACGAUGGCGCCUGAACCACAGAUUCCGCGAAUCAAUGAGCAACGGCUCUGGGACAAUAUCAUGGAGACCGCCAAGUUUGGCGCCCUUGAGACUGUCGAGGGCGGCAUGAAUCGCUUGAGUCUGAACAUGGAUGACAAGCAGGUUCGAGAUUGGUUCGUGGCGAGGGCAACAGAGCUCGGGUGCGCAGUUCGAGUUGAUGCGAUGGGCAACAUCUUUGCUACCUGGAGUGGGCCAGGAAAUGAUAGGUCAGAUCUGCCACCUAUCGGCAUGGGCAGCCAUCUAGAUACCCAACCCUUGGGUGGGCGAUUUGAUGGCAUACUCGGCGUUCUUUCGGCGUUAGAAGUCAUUCAAACUGUUAAGGAAAGUGGACUUAGGUUAAACCGACCUAUCGCAGCUAUUGACUGGACAAAUGAGGAGGGCGCUCGUUUCCCAGCGAUGUGCUCUGGCUCGAGUGUAUGGGCAAAUGCCAGGGACCUGAGCGAUUUGCACAACCUCGCAUCCCUCACCGAACCCUUGGAAACCAUGAAGUCAGAAUUGGAAAAGAUCUCGUACCUCGGCGAAACCGAAUGUUCAUAUAAGGCUAACCCGCUGGCCGGACACUUCGAGCUCCACAUCGAGCAGGCAACCCACCUGGAAGAGACCAAGAAACACAUCGGUAUUGUCUCUGGCGUUCAAGGGAUGCGGUGGUAUGAGGUUAAUAUCAUCGGAAGGGAAGGACAUGCGGGUAGCACGCCCAUGAAUGUGCGGAAGGAUGCUAUGGUCGCUGCUGCCAAGAUGAUUCUCCAUGUUGAGCAAAUAGCACGGAAGAAUGAAGGCUUUGGUACAGUGGGUUUCCUCAAGGCGGGUUCGGAUGCGCCGAACACAAUAGUUGGUGAAGUGCGCUUGAUGAUCGAUCUCCGGCAUCCAAGCGAGCAAGUCCUAGAUGAGAUCGAGAGUGGAUUCAAAGCUUUCUUAUGCUCCUUGGAAUCUGAGACGAAAGGCUUAAGGACGACAAUAAAGAGGUCCUGGGAGAAUGCCGCCGUGAAAUUUGAUCAAGAUGCAGUGGCCUGCGUUGCCUAUGCUGCCGAGUCAGUUUGUGGCGAUUCGCAGACCGUCAUGACAAGUUGCGCUGCACAUGACAGUGCCGAAACUGCCAAGGUUGUUCCGACAGCCAUGAUCUUCAUACCAAGUCGAGACGGAAUUAGUCAUAAUCCGAAGGAAUAUUCCACUCCAGCUCAAUGCGCGGAGGGGGCACAGGUGUUGCUAGAGAGUGUGUUGAAAUACGACGCUUUACUGUUACAGAAAGCAGCAAGUUGAAGUGGAUGCAAUGGCGAUUUAACGGAUGAUUAUGGAAGGCGAAAGGUUUUCAAAUAUUAACUGGGCCCGAAUAUAUAUACAGCAAGACAUGUGGUCUACUGUCUAGAUCCACGGCAGAUAUUGAACUGGGUGCAUUGAAUUAGGUAGAUUGAACUAGUCGAUUGCGAUGGUUGCCAGAUAUCUAUUAGAGAGGGAGACAGAGAGAGAUAAAGAUAUUCAUGCGUACCUUACCU